UCAAAGCUUUGUCGGUCGUGUUCGAAAUAAAAAAUGUUACGCAAAUAUGUGCUCAAAGUAUCCUCAUUCAUCUAUUUAAUUAUUUGAUUGAGAAUAGUUAGGUAGUGCAAGCAAAUUUAAUAAUUUUUGACUUUAAUAAAUUGUACCUGUGAGUUAGUAAAAUGAAGGUUUACGGGGUGUUCGGUAACGGCAGUAAAGUGAACCAAGUGGUCAUCGCAGUUCUAAUAAACCUGCCAGUAUUCGUGUACGGUGCCAGCAUAGGAUGGCUGUCUCCCAUGUCGUUGCUGCUUCAGUCAGACCAAUCACCGAGUGGUGUCCCCCUAUCAGAUGCAGUGAUAUCAUGGAUCGCAGCGGUCCCAUAUUUAGUGUGCAUCUUCUUCGACUUCAUCAUGGCUGUGAUAUCGGAUAGAUUAGGAAGAAAAGUCGCCCUUAUUUUCAUAUCAGUUGCUAACGCUACAAGUUGGAUAUUGUUGCUGGUAUCGACUGAGACAUGGGCACUGAUCCUCGCCCGUGCUCUGAUCGGAAUCCCCAUGGCAGGCGCUAUGGUCACCUGCCCCAUGUACACGAAGGAGAUCAGCGAUGACUCUAUUCGUGGUAGUUUAGGAUGUUUGGUAAUAAUGUUCCAAACGAUAGGGAACCUGUUUCUGUAUGUCAUCGGUGAUAUGCUGAGUUACCGCACGAUACUGUGGAUCUGCCUGGCCGUGCCGAUCGCGCACGUGAUAGUGUUUGUGCCAAUGCCGGAGUCGCCGUCGUAUCUAGUCAAGAAGGGUAAAACGAAGGCAGCAGUGGCGGCUUUAGCAUGGCUCAAAUGUAAGAGUGAGACUGAUAAUGAAAUCCUAGAAGAAUUGGAUCUUAUAAUUAAGGAACAAAAAAAUGAUGAAAUGACCAGUUCAAAUUUUCUACUUAAAACAUUAGUUACCGACAAGCUUCUAUCCAGAGCCUUCACUAUCGCUAUGGCAGUGACGCUAGCGAGAGAAGUAUGUGGGGCCAUCCCAGUGCUUAACUUCGCUGGGGAGAUAUUCUCGUCUGCUUCGGAAGGAUCUACAGUCAUAUUCAGCCCCAACCAACAGGCCAUGGUUCUUGGAGCUGUGCAAGUUGUAGGAGCAGUACUAGCGUCUAGCGUUGUUGAAAAAGCCGGAAGAAAGCCAUUGUUAUUCCUGACAUCGUUGAUAUCAGGGCUCAGCAUGUGUGCACUAGCGACGUGGUUCCUGCUUCGGGAUUACCAGAUAUACGCACCUACAUGGAUACCACUUCUGACUUUAUGCCUUUGCAUCUUUUGUGAUGCGUCCGGUCUGCAACCUGUCUCCAUGGUAUUGACUGGGGAGAUUGUCUCAUAUAAGUAUCGAAGCACAGUGAUGGCAGCCACUAUGUCCGUAUCAUCAGUAGCGGACUUCCUUCAGAUGCUAGCAUUUAAACCGCUAGCAAAUAUGAUUGGAAUACAUGUAGCGUUCUACUUCUUUGGUAUUAUAUGUAUUCUUAUGGCUGUCUACGUAAUUAUACAAAUACCUGAGACCAAAGGAAGGACUCUUGAAGAUAUUCACAAAGAUUUAUCGAAAGGAAUCGUCAGAGUAGAUAAGGAGGCUAAAAAAAGUGUACAGACGGCACUUUAAAUACUUGUUAGAUAUUAAUAAAUUUAUUUGACUGUUA